UAACCAUCAUGCAGUCAUCCCGCAGGUACAUCAAUGACCUGAAUUUAGAACCUUUAAAUGAAAAUGAUGAGUUUCACUCAAAUCCAAAUUUUGUUAGGGGUCAACUGGAGGCUCAAGAAAACAAAGACUUAUCAAAGAAGCCUAAGUUCAACAAGGGUCAAUCAAACAAUGGCCUGAUUUCUAAAUCUGAACUUCAACAUGGGUUAAUGUUGAUCUUAAUGAGGUGUAUUAAUUGCUACCUUUAUGUCAUGGUGCGUCAUGAUAACCCGAAGUGCCCUAACUGCCAUAAGAGUGAUUGUCUGCUUGAUGUGCUCCCUAAGGGUCAACUGAAGCCUCAAGACAACACAGACUUGUCAAAGAAGCAUAAACUCAACAAGAUUGAAAUGUUCUCUAUGGAAGGAAUAAAAAACAACCAUCAUGUCAUCACUAAACCAAGUCUCAAGAGUGUGUAUAUGCCUGGUAGCAACAGAAAGAAAGAAACAGAUAAACAAGGUGAUUCAUCAUCACCAUCCCAACAUGAAUUGAACCAUGUUCUGACUCCUAAAUCUGAACUUGAGCACGAGCCAGAGUUCGUCUUAAUGAGAUGUAUCAGGUGCAUCUUUUAUGUCAUGGUUCGUGAGGGUAACCCAAAGUGCCCUAACUGUCACAAGAGUGAUGCUCUGCUUGAUGUGCUCCCUAGGGAUCUACUGAAGCCUCAAGAAAAUAAGGACUCAUCAAAGAAGCGUAACCCCAACAAGCUUGAAAUGGUCUCAUUAAAAGGAAUAGAUAAAAACUGCCAUGUCAUCAAUGAACCAAGUCUUAGGAGUGUGUACAUGGCUGGUAGCGACAGAAAGAAAGAAGCAGAUUGUGAUUCAUCAUCACUAUCCCAACAUGAAUGGAACCAUGAUCCGACCUCUAAAUCGGAACUUGGGAACGGGCCAGAGUUGAUCUUAAUGAUAUGUAUCAAUUGCUACCUUUAUGUCAUGGUUCAUGAUGGUAACCCAAAGUGCCCUAAUUGUCGUAAAAGCUUGAUGGGUUCGGUGAGAAUCUAGUGAAAAGAGAGAAGAUGAUGUAGUAUGAGUAAUAUGUUUCAUAGACAUGAUAUCGUGUUGUAGGACCAAGAACUAAACUUCUUUCAUUUUAAAGCAUGAUGUUUAAGAUUUCUA